AUGCAGUUGAUGUCUGAGAGAUUCAACAUCAACAUACCACAUCGUUUCGUUCUGAACUCCUUCAUGUCGCCGACCUUCUGCGACCACUGUGGAUCCAUGCUUUUCGGCCUUUUCAAACAAGGACUGAAAUGUGAAGAAUGUGGAGCUACAUGUCACAAAAAAUGUUACAAAUUUGUUCCGAAUUUGUGUGGAAUCAAUCAGAAGAUACUUAAUGAGCUUCUUGAGACUGUCAAGAACAGCAACCUGUCUCUGACGCCCGGGAAACAACUUGCCCCCUGUUCAAAAUCAUCAGAAGUGACUCGAAGGGUUCCUCCAUCAAAAGCUCCAUCUAAAUCGAUAGACAGUUCUGCUGCCUCAUCCUUUUCAUCUACAGCGACUCAGCUAGAAAAGGCCAGCAUCGACACCGUUUACAGCAUUCUUUCAAGCGAACUGGCAUCCAUCAAUCUGAGAGAAUCCCUCUUGAGCGAAAGUAGCACCGAUGAGGAUGAUAUAAUGAAGCAACCGUGCUCCGUGCACAUGUCAGGCAUAAGAAGUGAUUCGAAACGAACCAGUCAGAUGGUUCUCCAUCAGAUCAGUCCAUCUCUAGCAACAAAAAAAUCGAAAAGGACUUCUAUAUUCAUCAUGCCUGAACCGACAAAGAAAACCAAAAAGUUUGCCGUUGAUGACUUCAAAAUGCUCAAAGUUCUGGGCAAGGGUAGUUUUGGAAAGGUGCUACUGGUCGAAAUGAAUAACGAGGCAGAUAGUGAUUUGUAUGCGAUGAAAGUUUUGAAAAAAGAUGUUGUGCUUGAAGACAAUGACGUGGAAAGCACCCUGGUCGAAAGAAGGGUCCUGGAGCUUGGCAACCAGUGUCCAUUCAUCACAAAGCUCAUCUGUACAUUCCAAACUUCGAAUCACUUAUUUUUCGUGAUGGAGUAUUUGAGCGGUGGGGAUCUGAUGUUUCACAUACAACGCAACAGAAGGUUUAAGGAAGACCAAGCAAAGUUUUACGCUGUUGAACUUAUUUGUGGAUUGCAAUUUCUUCACAAGAAAAAAGUUGUUUACAGGGAUUUGAAACCGGAUAAUGUGCUUCUGGACAAAGAGGGCCACGUAAAGAUUGCCGACUUUGGCAUGUGUAAAGAAAAUUGCUCUGGUUCUCAAAGGACUGCUACUUUUUGUGGCACUCCUCAUUACUUGGCACCGGAGAUAAUAAGAGGGCAGAAAUACAACGAAUCAGUUGACUGGUUCUCGUUCGGUGUGGUGCUGUACGAAAUGCUGGAAGGCAAACUACCUUUCCAUGGCAAGAAUGAAGAUGAAAUGUUUAAAAGCAUCUUGGAGCAUCCAAUGAAAGCCACCAAAAUUAUCAAAAUGGAGUCUCCAGCGUAUCUCUGCAUCAGCCAGCUGCUCGACAAGGAUGCAAACAACAGGCUGGGUAUGCCUUCUUCUCCUUGGGGCUUAAUCAGAAAUCAUCUCUUCUUCAAAGAUGUUGUAUGGCAAAAUUAUGAAAACCUCUCCAUGAAACCUCCUUUCAAACCUCUCACUCGCGGCCGCAUGGAUGUGAGUAAUUUUGAGAUGGAGUUUACGAGAGAACCUCCAAAACUGACCCAGCCAUCCAACAAACAUCUAAUCCAGAGCAUCAAUCAAGAUAUAUUUGAAGGGUUUAGCUUUACGUCUCCUUCAACGACAUUCUGA